AUGGAUUUCUCUCUAUCAACGCUCUACAAUGCGUUUGAUAUCGAAAAGUCGUACGAAUACGACGAACUGGCCACAGAAUCUCGAAUGGAUGCAUUUACAACAGCAGUGGCUUUAACUCCCGAAUCCUUGGUCACAAACGCCGAGCUUUUGGAGGAGGUCAUUGAGAUGGCACACGCAUUUCCUCAACUUCCAAGCGCGCGCCAAAAACAACUCACAUACUUGGUUUCGUCGUCGUUUACUGCGGUGUGUAUCCAUUGCAGAAAUGCCAUAGAUUCAGGCGACUUUGUGGACUCGGCAGAGAUGAUCAAGCAGCAGAUGGAGCGCUAUGGCUAUUUGCUUUUCGUAGUUCUAAGUUAUUUGGGAAAAGAGGACUUUCCAGGCACUGGAAGCGGUGUUUCUUCGUACAAACAGAAACAGGGCUCUGCGAAGUGGAAGAGCAAUUGCACACUGGUAGAGGAGGUUCUCGAUGCUGUAAUUGUGUGUUUUAAGCUCCCGCUUUCGCGAUUGUUUGUCACUACACCCGAACGUAAUCUGUACCUCGAUAUGUUCAUCAGAACUAUAUUCCACUUGAUGGAGCUCCCGGAACGUAUGAAGUCCAAUAACACAAAAGUGCUAAUGUUCCGUGCUAUCUGUGAAUCUGUGAUUAACCAGUCAAUGGGUUUGACUGUUCAGAACUGUAUUGUCCAAUGCUUAACAUAUUAUAUUCACCUGCCACCCUACAUGGCAGAACUUCUACAUACCUUAGACGAGCGCCAUGGCCACAGCGCACUCACAGAAGAGCUUUUGCGUGAGCUCAGCACAAUGGAGUUCAACGCGAAUGAUGCAAAUGGCCCAAAAGCCGUUUCUGAGUUUUUGAUUAAACUCUCUGAAAUGAGUCCAAGGCUUAUUCUCAAGCAGAUGUCUACCACAGCUCAGCUUCUUGACAAUAGCAACUAUACCCUUAGAUGCUCGGUUGUAGAGACUUGUGGCAAUAUUGUCGUCGAUAUCCUAAAAACAGACGCAAACGCAGAUUCAGCAGGAGACGACCAUGAAUCCAACGUAGCCUCGCAGGUCGAUGGCCUCAUCAGCUUACUCCAGGAACGGUUCUUGGACAGAAAUCCCUUUGUACGUACUAAGGCAAUCCAAGCAAUGGUCAAGAUUUUUUCUUUGCCUGCUCGUAUGCCAAAACGACGCCAUGCGGUCAUGCUUAUUGCGCUGCGAUCUUUAGAAGAUAGAACCACUCUUGUGCGCAGAAAUUCGAUCAAGUUGAUGUACAAGCUUCUCCUCACACAUCCUUUCUCUGCCACUCAUGGAUCACAGUUGGUCGAGUCUGUCUGGCAAAAGCGAUUAGAAGAAGUCAACAAAGAGCUUGAGAAGUACAUGCCGGCAAAUGGGAAUGCUAUGCUUGAUAGCUUAAAAAAUGCAGCAGAGGACGAUGAAAACAACGAUAAACCUGAAGAUGAUGAAAUGGAUCCUGAAGAUGGCGAAGCAGCAGAGGAGGGAGAUGAAGAAAACGAUAGCGACAGUGCUAUUGACGAGUCGCAAGACAAAAUGGAUGUUGAUUCCGAACCUGAUGCUCCCCUUCCAGAAUUGCCCAACCUCCUGCUUCAGGAGAGAACUAUCAUUAUUAAAGCCAAACUCACUCAACAAUACUACCUUGAUGCUUUACUGUUCAUUGAAGCGGCUCAAAAAGGAGCCGAGGUGGCAUCCAAGCUUCUAUUCUCUAAAAACAGAAACGAAGUUUUAGAGUCCAUGGACUAUCUAGUCUUAGCGGAUGCUCAUGGAAUUAAGAAUGCCAACGACGGUAUUCACAAAAUGCUUCAUCUAGUGUGGAUGAAGGGUCUGUCGGACGAAGGAAAAUCCAUUUCGUCUCAUCUAAUUGACUGCUACAAAAAUUUGUUUCUCACGGCUCCAGAGGAUGUUACCGCUUCUCAGAGUGCUGCAAUCAUAGCCAAAAACCUAAUCGGCCUCACGAUAAAUGCUUCGGUGGCCGAUCUAGCCUCGCUUGAAAAGCUUUUAUGUAUGAUGUAUGAGAAGAGCAUGAUUGUUCCAGAGGUGCUCAAAGUCUUAUGGCACAUUUACAACAAGGCUGGCUCUGGUGAAGCUUCUCCUGAAUUCUCCGUCGAAUUUGUUCAUGGCUCAGUUAUAAUCUUGGGUAUGCUAGCUCUGGCGAAUCGUCUGAUUGUCCAAAUGGGCGUCGACUCACUACUUCGAGUUGGUUUAGGAGAGUGUGGGAAAAACGAUAUGAUUUUAUGCAAAAACACUUGCUCGAUCUUGCUGAAGAUUGUUCCCGCUGGUGGUAAAAUUUCAGUUGCGAAUAAGUUUGCUCAGGAGGAAGAUGCUGUCAAAUCGCUUCGGGAUGUUUUAUUUCUACAAACUGAUAGUCCUGAUUGGUACAGCGCAGCGGAGCAAUGUAUCAUAGCUCUAUUUAAGAUUUCUCCAAGUCCAGAAGAAACGUUCUCUGAGAUUUUGGCAUCGAAAGCCAUGCAAGCUUUUGACGAGGAUAUCCUGGGUGAAAACCAGAUGAUCAGGCUUUCCCAACUUUUGUUUAUUGUUGGUCAUGUUGCCAUGAAAUCAAUUGAGUAUCUCGAGAAGCUCGAAACCCAAUUUAAAAAACAGAAACAUGAGACAGAAUCCAAGACAAAAGAUAAGAAGGAAGAAGAUGAGAAUGAGCUAGAGAUGAUUGGAGGUACAUCGGAGGAUGACUUCACAGAUGCAGUCAUUUUCAUAAAAGAAAAGGAACUUCUCUAUGGAGAGCAUUCAAUUUUGGCCAAGUUUGGACCCAUGGUGCUGACAAUAUGCAAAAACAGUAAAGAAUACAACAAUGAGACACUCCAGCGCAGCGCCGUCCUUUGCCUUUCGAAGUUGAUGUGUGUUUCGUCUAAGUUCUGCGAAGAAAACCUCCCUCUUCUUAUUACAAUAAUGGAGAAAUCGCCAGACCCCAUCAUUCGAUGCAACUGUGUGCUUGGUCUCGGUGAUAUGGCGGUGUGUUUCAACAAUUUAGUGGACGAGAAUACAGAUUUCUUGUAUAGACGUCUCACUGACGAGAACAUCAUGGUACAAAGAACCUGUUUGAUGACUGUGACAUUUUUGAUCUUAGCAGGCCAAGUCAAAGUGAAGGGCCAACUUUCUUCGAUGGCAAAAUGUCUUGAACACGAGGACCAAGGUAUCAGCGAUAUGUGUAAAUUGUUCUUUACCGAGUUGGCUACAAAAGAUAAUGCUAUCUACAAUGGGUUUAUCGAUAUAUUUAGUGGAUUGUCGAACGACGAAACCCUAGAGAAGGACGCAAGAAAGAGGAUCAUCAAAUUUUUGGUGGGAUUCAUCGAGAAGGAGAAACAUCAGAAGCAGCUCUCGGACAAACUCUUGGUUCGGUUGAAUAAGUGUGAAUCUGAAAGAGAGUGGGAUGAUGUUGCAUAUGUCUUGACUACUAUUCCUUACAAAAAUGACACUAUCACGCAGGCUAUUGAAAACGGAUACAAGAUGGUCCUGGCCCGAGACUAG